AUGCGCGGAAACGACUCCCAAGUCAAGGUCCACUACAAGGGCAGCAGCGACGACUUCAUCGUCUUUGUCGAUUCGGCCAAGGCUGUUCAGGACUGGAAGGGUGAUAGCACUAUUCCAUUGGCGCAGGUGGUCAGUGGCUGGAAUGUCUACGUGACUGGCGGACACGGCAACCAGGGCAUUCUUGGCGCGGCUUCCAAGGGCGCCCUCGAGAGCGAGUUUGGUUCAAGCAAAGACGACGAUGUUGUAAAGCAGAUACUUGAGAAGGGCAACAUUGUUGAGAGUGCAAACUCCGGCCGCGACGGCGUCAAAAACAUAUCCCAGGGAGGCUCUGUUGCUCACUAG